CUUAAGGGUGAGAUGUCACAGUCACUUUGGUGGGUGAAGCAGGGGAGUUUGGAAAAGGUCCUUAAGUACUUUCUGCUCAAAUUCCUCCAAUGGAGAUGGCUUUGCUUUUAUGACCUGUCAUGUGUACCUGAAAGAUAUGUGGGCAUCUGGCCCUGUGGUGGUGGAACAGAGUAUUUUAACUCCCUGGAGGUGCUGCCCCUACGAGCAUCCAGCAAGGAGUAUUAAGGACUUCAGUUUGUCACAUGGAAAAGAUUCCCGCUCCAGUGAUGGAAGUGAUGGUGAUGAGAACAAGGAGCGUGGCAACUGGUCAAGCAAAGGCGACUACCUGCUCUCCAUGGUGGGCUAUGCCGUGGGCCUGGGCAACGUCUGGCGCUUUCCCUACCUCACCUACCAGAACGGCGGAGGUGCUUUUCUGAUCCCCUACACCCUGAUGUUGGCAUUAGCUGGCUUGCCCCUAUUUUUCAUGGAAUGUUCCCUUGGGCAGUUUGCCAGUCAAGGGCCCAUUUACGUCUGGAGAAUACUACCAUUGUUUCAAGGAGUGGGCUUCACUAUGGUCAUCAUCUCAGCAUUUGUGUCAGUCUACUACAACGUUAUCAUUGCUUAUGCAAUCUACUACUUAUUUGCCUCAUUUCAAAAAGUGCUACCAUGGUCAGAAUGCUUUUCCUGGGCAGAUGAAUUCUGCAGCAAGACACAAAUAGUAAAUGACUGCAAUACAACCUUACAUGGAGAAAUCAUUCAUGCAAACUACACGUUUGUCACAAGCAACAAUCUCACUUGUAUAAACGGCACCAUAAACUACAAACCAGUGCAAUUUCCUAGUGAGCAAUACUGGAAUAAAGUGGCUCUUCAGCGCUCGAGUGGGCUGGAUGAGACUGGCAACGUCGUGUGGUACCUGGCUCUCUGCCUCCUCCUGGCCUGGAUGAUUGUUGCAGCUGCCUUGUUUAAAGGAAUAAAAUCUUCUGGAAAGGUCGUCUACUUUACUGCACUCUUCCCAUAUGUCAUCCUGCUCAUCUUGCUGGUGAGAGGUGCCACUCUGGAAGGUGCUAUGGAUGGCAUUCAGUACUACAUUGGGAGACAGUCUAACUUCACCAAGCUGAUGGAGGCAGAGGUUUGGAAAGAUGCAGCCACCCAGAUAUUUUACUCCCUGUCUGUGGCAUGGGGCGGGCUUGUUGCAUUGUCUUCGUACAAUAGGUUCAACAACAACUGCUACUCGGAUGCCAUUACAGUUUGUGUAGUCAACUGCGUCACCAGCGUAUUUGCUGGGUUUGCAGUGUUCUCCAUCUUGGGACACAUGGCAUUCGUGUCUCAGAGACCCGUCUCCGAGGUCGUGAACUCAGGAUUUAAUCUUGCAUUUGUAGCCUACCCAGAGGCCCUCUCCAAGUUACCAGUUUCUCCUCUGUGGUCCUUCUUGUUUUUCUUCAUGCUGCUGCUCUUGGGCCUUGACUCCCAGUUUGCCAGCAUAGAAACACUUACAACCACCAUUCAAGAUUUUUUUCCCAGAGUGAUGAAAAAAUUAAGAAUCCCUGUAACCAUGGGCCUGUGCACAGUGCUCUUUCUUCUUGGGCUUAUCUGUGUUACUGAGGCAGGAAUUUACUGGGUUAACCUAAUAGAUCAUUUUUGUGCUGGAUGGGGAAUCCUUUUUUCAGCUGUCCUGGAGGUAGCAGGCGUCGUCUACAUUUAUGGAGGAAACAGGUUCAUUCAAGACAUUGAAAUGAUGAUUGGACACAAGAGCCGUUUAUUUUGGCUCUGGUGGAGAAUCUGCUGGUUUUUCGUUACUCCUGCGCUGUUAAUGGCUAUUUUGCUCUGGUCUUUGGCCACAUUUUCACCUCCUUCUUAUGGCUCAGUGCAAUAUCCAACCUGGGGAAGUGCUGUUGGCUGGUGCAUGAUCAUCUUCUGCGUCAUCUGGAUUCCCAUUGUUGCUAUUGUAAAAAUAGUUAAAGCUGAAGGAACCCUUUUUGAGCGCAUUGCGAGCUGCUGCCAGCCUGCAGCAAACUGGGGCCCCUACCUGGAACGCCACCGAGGAGAACGAUACAGUCAUAUGGUAGAUCCCAAAAAGGAAAAGGAACACGAGAUUCCUACUGUGUUCGGCCUCAUAUACACGCAAUAAUGAGAUAGCUGUUCGGAUGACAAUUUUUUAACAAA